AUGGUUCUGCUCGGGCCUCCUGCCCUGCUCCUGCUGCUCCUCUGGGUAUCUGCUCUGAAGCUGAUGAGACAAGAAUCUCAUCCUUGUCAUCAGAGAAGCGUGGACCUGGCGCCUCAGGACUCUGAGCUGAUGAAAGGAGAACCUGGAUCUCGUCAUCGCAGACGCAGAGAUGUGGACCUGAGUUCACAGUUUUAUGGUAAUGUCCCAAACGCAAAUGAGAGCUGCAGCAGAGCAGACUUGCAGCGUGCAUACACAUACCAGCAGUGA